AUGGCAGAGAACAGUAGAGGAGAGGGAAAGAGUAGCAGUUACAGGAAGGGCAUUGUUCUGCUUAACGACCACCUGCCGGCAGGUGAGUCGUCAUGUCUCCUGACUACUUCCUUCGCUAUCCCUCGUCCUCUCGCUUCCCUCCUGAAUACAUAUUUAACCUCUAGGUCUGAGUAUCAGACCAUACUGCAAAAAAAUAGGUCCUCACUGCUGGUACUGUCAGUGUGCAGACAGCCACUUCUCUUUCCUCUCAUUCCCUCUUAAAUGUUUGGUGUAGUGCACUAUGAAGGGAAUAGGGUGCCAUUUGGGACACAUCCUCUGUCUUAUGCAACCCCAGGGUGUCACCACUCCAGCCAAUCAGAGAGCAGUGAGGAAGUAGUCUCAUGUAAAAGCAAUGUUUUUGGUUGAACCAUAUUAAAAAAAAAUAUAUACAGAAAGAGUUAAAUGAGUGUUAGCUGGAGGGGCGAUGCUCAGUGUCAGGCUCCUCUGAUCACUGCUGACCGGAGGACUGGUUCUAUCGGAGGCCUGCAAUGUUUUCUACUCGCUGCCUCAGAGAUAAUUUUGGUCAUGUAGUGUAUGCGGACACCUGCUUGUCGAACAUCUCAUUCCAAAAUCAUGGGCAUUAAUAUGGAGUUGGUCCCCCCUUUGCUGCUAUAACAGCCUCCACUCUUCUGGGAAGGUUUUCCACUAGAUGUUGGAACAUUGCUGAGGGGACUUGCUUCCAUUCAGUCACAAGGACAUUAGUGAGGUCGGGCACUGAUGUUGGGCGAUUAAGCCUGGAUUAAGCCUGGCGAUUUAAGCCUGUCAAGUUCUUCCACACCAAUCUCGACAAACCAUUUCUGUAUGGACCUCGUUUUGUGCACAGGGGAUUUGUCAUGCUGAAACAGGAAAUGGCCUUCACCAAACUGUUGCCACAAAGUUGGAAGCACAGAAUCGUGUAGAAUGUGAUUGUACGCUAUAGCGUUAAGAUUUCUCUUCACUGGAACUAAGGUGCCUAGCCCGAACCAUGAAAAACAGCCCCAGGCCAUUAGUCCUCCUCCACCAAAUGUUACAGUUGGCACUAUGCAUUGGGGCAGGUAUCGUUCUCCUGGCAUCCGCCAAACCCAGAUUAGUCUGUUGGACUGCCAGAUGGUGAAGCGUGAUUCAUCACUCCAGAGAACGCGUUUCAACUGCUCCAUGGAAACCCAUUUCAUGAAUCUCUCAACAAACGGUUAUUGUGCCGACUUUGCUUCCAGAGGCAAUUUGGAACUCAGAUGAUUUUUAGGCGCUUCAGCACUCGGCGGUCUCGUUCUGUGAGCUUGUGUGGCUUACCACUUCGAGGCUGAGCCGUUUUGCUCCUAGAAGUUUCCACUUCACAAUAACAGCACUUUAUAGUUGACCGAGGCAGCUCUAGCAGGGCAGAAAUUUGACAAACUGACUUGUUGGAAAGGUGGAUCUAUGACGGUGCGAGUUGAAGUCACUGAGCUCUUCAAAGGCCAAUCUACUGCCAAUUUGUGGAGAUUGCAUAGCUUUAUGCUUGAUUUUUACACUGUCAGCAACAGGUGUGGCGAAAUAGCCAAUCCACUAAUCUGAAGGGUCCACUACUUGUAUAUCGUUAUUUUGUUCAGUAAUAUGUCCAGCAUCUAUACAAUUAUUAAGAUUGAUCAUGAACAUAUUCAGCCGGAUUCUGAAAAUGUUUAAAAAACAUAACCGUGUGUCAAAGAUAAAUAUGUACAACAAAACAGCCACAUGAGUGAAUCUAAUUGACAGUCCUGAUUGACUAUUUAACAGUGUUGCCCUAGAAGUUUCCACUACAAGCAUUUGUUACAGGCAAGGCCAUGGCAUCCUAUGACUGCCACAUGAAAGUUACAGAGUCUCAGCAAGGAUUCUCGCCAAUUUUGUCUUGGAGAGUGCUGUGUGCUCAAAUAAUAUACACCUGUCAGCAACGGGUGUGGCUGAAAUAGCCGAAUUCACUAAUUUGAAAGAGUGUCCACGUACUUUUGUAUAUAUAGUGUACAGCCAAUUUGCUUUUUUUCCAGCCAAACAUUAGCCUGAAUGUGCACUGUAGGGUGGAUAACAUUCUAGGACAUUGGCUAACAGUCAUGCGUUUGCUUACGCACAUUGUUAUGAGUGUAUGAAAAUGUAAUUACUAAGUAUAAAUAAUGGGAUUUUCCAUAGUUUAUACGCUUUAACCUAGAAAACAAUGAAGCAUAUUCAGGACGCACACACUCAUGUCUCUGUGGAGAGAUGUGAUUUUUGCUAUUUGAAGCAUUUUUUCUAAUUCAAGAUAACAAUGAAAUGUAUUGUCAAGCCUUUGAUUAUAUUCCAGCAAUUACAGGAAUCAAAAUGACCUUUAAAAUAGAAUAGAUACUUUAUUGUCCAUUUUGGACAGUUUUAAUGAUGGUUGAUUAUUGUUUGUAUGAUUGACAUGAGCUGUUUUUAUUAGAUGGAUGUUAUAGCUAGUGAUAUCACAUACAGUGUAUUGAAUUCAAUAAGAAUCAUGAAGACUGUUUCUCAUGGUUGGAAUCAUUAACGGUAUUUGUGCGUCUGCAUGCAUGGUUAGCCGGCUGUGGUGUAAGGGUGUGUUUGUGUGAAACUGAGCUAUAAUAAGCAGACAUGGUGAUGUCCUACCUUUUACAUGUUAUUUAUAUCCGCUUUAAGACACAGUGUGCUGCUACUAGUAAAACUGCAGAGAAGACAUGAUCCAUACACCAUCAUGCAUGAUGCACAAAACACUCAUUCUCACGCUCACAGAUGCACUUAGGUGACUCCCGUUUAUUCUGCAUGCAUAAAUCCAUCAUGGUCCAUGAUGUUCAUAAGCUUAGCCACAGAUACAGACACAGUCAGUCCAUUUAUGACCACGGGGAAGGACUAAGAAUAAUUAUUUCACCAUGUACAACACUUCAGUGGUGAGUGGUAAGGAUGUACAGUGUUUUGCUCAAGAGGCCAGAUAUAUUUCGCAAUCAUGUUGGUUGAUUAUUUGGUAAAGGAAGGUUCAGGAAACACUUUCAACAAUUAAUACCUAGUUAACAUUGCAUUAAAGAAGAUUAGGGUGGUAUACUAUGAGAAUAUGAGAACAACAGCAAUUAUUGUUUUAUUAUCUUGCAUUAAAUUCAAUUUGAGGGUGUAAUGAGGGUCAUUUUGUUCAGCCCAUACAUCUUGGUUACAUAAUGGGGUGUUGUGACUAGAAGGAAGGGGAGGAAGCCAGACAGGAAGUGAAAAGGGAAGAGAGUGAAAGUGGGGUUCCUGUACAGUUAGUUGCACAGACAAACACCCAGCAUCAGACUAAACACGUUCAACUCCACUAUAAAAACACAACAAUUGACUUCAACCAGAUGUAAACUACUCAGGAUAACACCUAACUCUCAAAGUCCUCCUGACUUCAGAGCCUGGAAUGGCUCUUUAAUGUUGUCAGCACAAUGCCUCGAUAAUGAAGGGGGCUGUGCUUUUACUGUUGGCUCUCCUCUGUGUCUUUCUCACUCAAACACUCACAGCCCCGAGAGUCACCCCCUUCCAUUACAGUGGUUGGAUUUUCAAAGCAACCCCCAAGGAAGAAAAAACAACUUUGGAGAGAACCAAUCAAACCCGUCAAACAAUUUCUGAGCGAACAUUACAUUAACAAACAACCUCCUUUCCCUGAGCUGUGAGUUGCGUCACAGAUGGCAGAUUAAACAUGUAACAGGAAUAGCAUAGCAUCAAAGAGUUCUCAAAACAACUCUCACCUUCAAAAGACUUCUAAAAAGUGAGGUACAGUAAUUGGCCCACCUGUGAUAGGUCUUCAUUAGCAUCUCUCUUCCACCAUUGGAAGCCUCUGACCCUUACAAGUCAGCUACACUACACGUGUUGCCAGCAGCAUUGUAUCAAUGUGACGUUCUACCUGCUACACCAGAAACCAUUCACAAGAUGAAUGAACACGCUUAUCAGCCAUCGAGAAUUGAACCUCAGCGAUUCUUGAGCUUGGACGCUGCCAUUGGAGGUAACGCAACGCGGGCAGUAUAGCAGCUUUCAUUGAUUUCAAAGGAAGCGUCCCCUCAAUGGCUGAUUUCAAUGCCGGACGGCCGAUGGCUGUAGUGUAGCAGGGCCGUUACAUAUUAUAACUGCUACGUAGCAGUCUCUCUUGUACCCUAACAGCAGGGCAGGCACUACAGUGUGUCAGCAGCGAGGGGGUUGAAGGCCGGUGAUGCAGGAGCUCAUGCAGAUAAAUAGGCUCUGACCUCAUCGCCCUCCCGCUCCUUUCUCCUCACUGAUAGACAGGUGCGCUGGUACCGCACUGCCCAAGGAGGUCACGUAACCUUCCCGAAGACUAGGGGGCACGGGGGUAGCGUCCUAGGGGUGUGGGGGCAACAGUGAUGUGCCCAUGCUCAACGGGGUGAACUGAGGCUUGUGCCGGUACUAUGAGGCUGACCUGGGGCCAACUGACCUGACCCGCCCAGUCAGAACACACACUGUGCAUUGCAGCAUGGGAGAGAGAGGGCUAAUGUGUGACUGACAAUCUAGCUAGCACUCUCUUUUUUGCUGUCUCUUGUCUGCUCUGAAUGCAGAGGCAGGUUACAUGUCACUUCUCCACACAGAAGGUAGGUACUGUAAGUACCUUAUGAUAGCUCAACAUACAAUACAUGCCUUUUUGACUACUCAAGUGUAAAAUGUAAAGUACAUUAUGAAGUCAUUGCCUGUUACAUGAGGACAUAAUAAGCUUCUAGCCACUUGUUUUUUAAUCAUCAGCAUGAACAUACACUUUGAAUGUCUUCUCUCUCUCCAGCGCUGAAAAGUCCAGCUGCCUUCCACGAACAGAGAAGAAGUUUAGAGCGAGCGCGGGUGAGUUUCCCUUCAUACUCUUCCCACUCUUUGUGGUUUCUGUCAGAUGAACACUUUUUUUUACUGACUCUCAAAGGUGAACUGGUUCAAAACAGAAUCAUUUCUCCCCUUCUCUCUUCCUCUUCUCUCUUCCUCUUCUCCCCCCUCCCAGACUGAAGACUACCUAAAGAGGAAGAUCCGAAGUCGGCCGGAGAGGUCGGAGCUGGUCAGGAUGCACAUUCUGGAGGGUGAGUUUCUCUGACUGUGCCCCCUCCCUGAGCCAUAGGGUGCUGCACCUAAAAAAUGUAGGCUACAAAAUAAAUUCCCACAAUUGUUUGCUCUUCCAUUCCAUAACUGGUAGCUGUGCUGUGUGCGUUUAUCUUCGUAUCUGCAUCAUUACAUAAGCAUUUGAUUUCCUGGUUCCCUGAUAAAGAUCACAUGCCUGAUGGUUGUUGGCUGGCUAACCCGCUGUGUGCUGUGUGUUCAGAGACGUCGGCGGAACCCUCCCUCCAGGCCAAACAGCUGCAGCUGAAGAGGGCCCGUUUGGCUGACGACCUCAACGACAAGAUCUCCCACCGGCCCGGCCCCAUGGAGCUCAUCCACAAGAACAUUCUGCCGGUACACAGCAGCCUCAAACAGGCCAUCAUAGGUAACUAAAGCAGCAGCAUCAAACAGGCCAUCAUAGGUAACUAAAGCAGCAGCAUCAAGCAGACACAAUACCACUCCAUAUUAUGUAGCCACACUAGCAAAUGAGCUCUCAUGAUCACUAUCCUAUUCUAUAGUUUCAACAGCACCAAACAGGUAAGAAGUCCACCAUUCCAGAAACCCCAUGUUUCCAAUUGCCACAAUUCACAAAGUAGCUCACUAGCAUGACGUGCACAUCUGCUGAAUAAGCUAAAAUAGUCCACCCAGUGAAACUCUAUAUGAAGGUCAUCAGGAACAGGUACUGCAGACUUGAACAAAAUCUCAUAUAAACCCUGCUCACAUUGGACCCAGUCACGUCAUAUUCACAUUCAUAUUCAUACUGUGCGUGUGUGUGUGUCUCAAUGUAUGUACAGUGCCUUGCAAAAGUAUUCAUCCCCCUUGGUGUUUUUCCUAUUUUGUAGCAUUACAACCUGUAAUUUAAAUUGAUUUUUAUUUGGAUUUCAUGUAAUGGACAUACACAAAAUAGUCCAAAUUGGUGAAAUGAAAUGAAAAAAAUAACUUGUUUCAAAGAAUUCUACAAAAUUAAUAACGGAAAAGUGGUGUGUGCAUAUGUAUUCACCCCCUUUGCUAUGAAGCCCCUAAAUAAGAUCUGGUGCAACCAAUUACCUUCAGAAGUCACAUAAUUAGUUAAAUAAAGUCCACCUGUGUGCAAUCUAAGUGUCACAUGAUCUGUCACAUGAUCUCAGUAUAUAUACACCUGUUCUGAAAGGCCCCAGAGUCUGCAACACCACUAAGCAAGGGGCACCACCAAGCAAGCAGCACCAUGAAGACCAAGGAGGUCUCCAAACAGGUCAGGGACAAAGUUGUGGAGAAGUACAGAUCAGGGUUGGGUUAUAAAAAAAUAUCCGAAACUUUGAACAUCCCAUGGAGCACCAUUAAAUCCAUUAUUAAAAAAUUGAAAGAAUAUGGCACCACAACAAACCUGCCAAGAGAGGGCCGCCCACCAAAACUCAUGGACCGGGCAAGGAGGGCAUUAAUAAGAGGCAACAAAGAGACCAAAGAUAACCCUGAAGGAGCUGCAAAGCUCCACAGCGGAGAUUGGAGUAUCUGUCCAUAGGACCACUUUAAGCCGUACACUCCACAGAGCUGGGCUUUAUAGAAGAGUGGCCAGAAAAAAGCCAUUGCUUAAAGAAAAAAAUAACCAAACAAGUUUGGUGUUCGCCAAAAGGCAUGUGGGAGACUCCCCAAACAUAUGGAAGAAGGUACUCUGAUCAGAUGAGACUAAAAUUGAGCUUUUUGGCCGUCAAGGAAAAUGCUAUGUCUGGCGCAAACCCAACACCUCUCAUCACCCCGAGAACACCAUCCCCACAGUGAAGCAUGGUGGUGGCAGCAUCAUGCUGUGGGGAUGUUUUUCAUCGGCAGGGACUGGGAAACUGGUCAGAAUUGAAGGAAUGAUGGAUGGCGCUAAAUACAGGGAAAUUCUUGAGGGAAACCUGUUUCAGUCUUCCAGAGAUUUGAGACGGGGACGGCGGUUCACCUUCCAGCAGGACAAUGACCCUAAGCAUACUGCUAAAGCAACACUUGAGUGGUUUAAGGGGAAACAUUUAAAUGUCUUGGAAUGGCCUAGUCAAAGCCCAGACCUCAAUCCAAUUGAAAAUCUGUGGUAUGACUUAAAGAUUGCUGUACACCAUCCAACUUGAAGGAGCUGGAGCAGUUUUGCUUUGAAGAUUGGGCAAAAAUCCCAGUAGCUAGAUGUGCCAAGCUUAUAGACACAUACCCCAAGACACUUGCAGCUGUAAUUGCUGAAAAAGGUGGCUCUACAAAGUAUUGACUUUGGUGGGGGUGAAUAGUUAUGCACGCUCAAGUUUUCUGUUUUUUUGUCUCAUUUCUUGUAUGUUUCACAAGAGAAAAUAUUUUGCAUCUUCAAAGUGGUAGGCAUGUUGUGUAAAUCAAAUUAUACAAACCCCCAAAAAAUCCAUUUUAAUUCCAGGUUGUAAGGCAACAAAAUAGGAAAAAUGCCACGGGGGGUGAAUACUUUCGCAAGCCACUGUAUGUAUGUAUGUGUGUUAACUUGAGAACAUCUGAUAGUCCCUCCCGGCCAUCUCCUCCUCCAGCCAUAAUGAACAUAUUGAUGUUCACAUAGGUAUUUUCCCACCGUGCCCAUCUAGAAGGGUCCUGCCUGGCUUCAGAUGCAUGGAGAUAUCAUUGUUAACCUUACAUGUGCAUUUACACAUAUACUGUAAAUUCAUGACUGUCUGAUGAGCAGGGGCCAACCUCAUUGCCCACCUCUCCACCGCGGGCCCCUCAUGGGUGCUAGUUUCGCGAAUUAACCAAGUUAUAUUAAUCAUACUAAUGUUUUUUCGCAUUGGUGCGUGCACGGUUCACAGAAACAGAUUGAUUCAAUUUCACACAACAUUAUAAAAUGUGAGAAAGUGUCCGUUUUUGUGUGUGGGUGGGUGUGUGCACGCAUCAGGACAUGACUUGGCACAAUUGGUUGGGUUAGAGUUCACAUAACAGGUAGUCUCUACUGUGGUGUUAAACCGUGAGAUAAAUGAAAUUAUGGAAAAUAGAUUGAUUGCUGUGAAGAUGAAAGAAACAUGUCUGAGCGUCAGAUUCCAGCAUGGUUUAAUUUCAGGGGAUUGCCUGGCUGUCGGCGGUUCUUAAUAACAACAAUCAAAUUACAGGCAAUGCUAGCUGUGCCACUAGAGAUCCUGGUUCGAAUCCAGGCUCUGUCGUAGCCGGCCGCGACCGGGAGACCCAUGGGGCGGCGCACAAUUGGCCCAUCGUCGUCCAGUGUAGGGGAGGGAAUGGCCGGCAGGGAUGUAGCUCAGUUGGUAGAGCAUGGCGUUGGCAACGCCAGGGUUGUGGGUUCGAUUCCCACGGGGGGCCAGUAUGAAAAAAAGAGUAAUGUAUGCACUAACUGUAAGUCGCUCUGGAUAAGAGCGUCUGCUAAAUGACUAAAAUGUAAAUGUAAUAUCCACACAGAGAACAGGGACAUAACCUAAACCUGUGCUGUUUUCCACACUCAGCCACACACACACACACACACACACACACACACACACACACAGUGGUGCAAAGGGGAAGCCAUCACAUGAUUGGUUCAGGAAGAUAAUGAAUCAAACCCCAUAUUGGUUAUUCAUCAUCUCCCACUGAUGGUAAAUGAAUAGCCAACGGUGCUCGCUGAGCGCUCCAAGUGCCUGCCUGCCGUCAGUAAAUAAAAGAUCCAUAAUGGUCUUUAUCAAAGACAUGGGGAUGUACCAGCCAUAUACAAUGUGAUGAUAAAGCCCCGGGCCCAGCAGGCCUCCACCUCCUCCUGCUGCCACUGCAGGCACCUCUGUUGAUGCUGACUGACUGACUAAACAGACUGACUGGCUGCUGAGAGGAAUGAUGACAUGGCUAAUGUUGACACAAAGCCUGUUUUCUUUUACAUGGCUCUCUCACACUACAUCACAACAACGAAGGCAAGGUAGAUUGUUGCUUUAUACGAACUGUCACUGGUGGCUCAUUAUUGUACUUUCUAACACUUUAUCUCCCUCUUUUUUUCCCACUUCUCUCUUUUCACUCUUUCGUUCUGUCGGUCUUCUCUUUAUCCCUCUUUCUCUCCCUCAGAGACAGACUUCCCCAAGGUCGCUGGGGAGAUCUCCUCCUUUGAUGAGGACAGUAGUGAUACUCUCUCUCCUGAUCAGCCCAUUGGUCAGGACUCUCCCCUGGGCCCCGGCCCUCUGCCCUCUCCCCCCGACGCCCUGGUUUGCAACAGCACCCCCUCCCCCACACAGUUUCUCACUCAGGUUCCUCCGCCACCCCCUCCUCUUCCUCCCUUCUAUGGGCCCUGCCAACCGCUGAAGUUGAGCAAUGGGACAUCAGUUCUGAGAACCGCCCCUGCACUGAUCAAGGUUAGUGGCAGCUGUCACAGCUAAUUAUUAGUAUUGUACCAAAGCCCAUUGUAUUUGUAUUAUUAGUUUAGCAUUACUUCUAUUGUUUACAGUAGGCUAGUCCAGUGUUUAAUCUACUACAUCUCACUGAUCUUUCUCCCUGCAGUCCCAGCCUAAACCCACCUCAGAGCGCCCCCCUCAGCGAUCCAAGAAGGCCAAGGACAACAAGCCCAAGGUGAGGAAGCUGAAGUACCACCAGUACAUCCCCCCGGACCAGAAGGCUGACCACGAGCCUCCCCCUCAGCUGGACUCCACCUAUGCCAAGAUCCUCCACCAGCAGCAGCUCUUCCUCCAGCUGCAGAUCCUCAACCAGCAGCAGCAACACUACAACUACCACACCAUCCUUCCUGCACCACCCAAGUGAGUGUGUGUGUUUGCGCAUGUGUGUAUACAACUGCUUCACAUACCCACCAACUCCAGCCUGUAUCCUAUCAUUGUUUUGACUCUUUUUUCUCUUCAGACCCCCAACAGAUCAACCACCUCCCACCAAUGGCCCCUCUCCUUCUCUGGCCUUGCCCGCCCCCUCGACAUCCUCCUCCAGUCAAAGUGCACCAAUCCGGCAGAAUGUCACACAUGUGGGAGGGGCCACACCAGGUUCUUUGCCUCCUAACCUGGACGACCUGAAGGUCAGUAAAAGCCGUUGCAUUUGUCAAGAGUUGACUGUGUUGACAAAACCAACUGUCUAAACAUUUCACAUUCUGACACCUUCUUUUGUCCUCCAGGUGGCUGAACUGAAGCAUGAGCUCAAACUGCGGAGCUUGCCUGUAUCAGGCACCAAGAAUGACCUCAUCGAGCGGUUGAGGAACUACCAGGCUCAGCAGAACAGGGGUGGAGGUGGUGGUAGUGCAACAACUACAACAGCAGGGGGUGCCACAGGGUCAGGUGCCGGAGCUCCCAAAACCAACCACCCAACACAACAACAACAAAAACAACUACUACUACUACAACAGCAGCAACAGCAACUUUCCCAACACCAGACCCAGUCCUCUGUGGUCCACCAAUCAAGAGAUGCAGGUGUGGUAACCUUGGCAACCUUCCCGUUCGUGGCCACUGCUCCACAGCAGAUCAUGCACUUUGGCAGCACUAGCUCCUCCCCGCCUGUCUCUCCUGCCCCCUCAGACCGCUCGCUAGCUGGGAUGAGCCCAAACGAGACGAGCUGUAAUGGAGACGCAUUUGGGGAGAUGGUAGGUCUCCUUUCUUUACAAGUCUAUGUUAGAUGUGUCCUUAUUUAUUUUUUUACAGUUUUUAUAGUGCACAGAUAUCAGAUAUCAAAUCCGUUUUUAUGGUUUGAAUCUUGAGACUCUACUUUUCUCUUUCCAAAUAGGUAAGCUCUCCCCUCACCCAGCUCAGCCUUCAUCCUUCCCCCCAGCACCUUGCCACUAUCAAAGAGGAGUUGAGUGGCUCGGCCCCCACAGCCUGCCAGUUCUCCAAAGCUGCUCUGCAGAAACGCCUGCUGAUGCCCACAGCCAUGCAAGUAGCACCCCCCUCUGUGAACAAGGACCAGAUGCUGCAGGAGAAGGACAAGCAGAUCGAGGAGCUGACGUGCAUGCUGAGGCAGAAACAGCGGCUGGUGGAGACCCUGCGCUUCCAGCUGGAGCAGGGCAAGAGAGGGGGCCGGGACGCCCCCCCAGAACCCCUGGGCCUCAUCAGGGUGAAGGAAGAGCCACCAGACAUCCCCAGCAUCCCCUCCACAUUUUGCCCCAUUGGCCCACUCCCCGACCCCUCCCCAGUGCCACAUGGAGGUCACCAAGAUGACCAUCAAGCAGGAGGUCGGGGACGUGGAAGAGGCCGUGGAGCCAUCCUUGGAAGCCCCACCUCAGCAGGUCCAGGUGCAGUUGGAGCAGAUCCAGGCGCAGCAGCGGUCGCAGCUGGAACAGCUGAAGCUGCAGCAGACGCAGCAGAUCAACGCGCUGCAGCUGGCCCAGCAGCAGGCCCUGCAGCAGCUGCUCCUACAGCAGAACCAGCAGAAUCUGCAGAAACAACGCUCACAGCAGAGGAAGAAGAAGUCCCACAAGCAACAGCUCAAACAACAGCAGCAACAGCUACUGUCCCAACAACAGCAGAUACAAUCAAAGAACCAACAGCUGUUACAGUCAAAGCAUCAACAUCAGCAGAUAUUGCAGGCACAACAACAACAGCAGCUGAAGUCACAACAGGUCAGUGGCAGUCAAACCAACUCAAUGGCUAGUCACAAUAAGAGCUGCUGAUAGUGACAGAAAAACAAAUGCGAUCCCAGUCAAAAUAGUCUGUCACCUUGUGUUAGUCUCUCACUGACUAAUGCUGUUGGUCUCUUCCAGGUGACUCAGAUGUUCCUCAAUCAGCAGUCGGGCUCCACCACUUCCUUCCCCUUGGAUCUCCUCAAGACACACUCCACACCUACCCUGGUGACAGACAGCAACGGCAACCAUUUCCUCAUCGCACUGACCAAUCACUGUGCCGAGAGCCAAGGGAGUGAUACGCCACAAGGCACUCCACAGGGCAAAGCAACCAAUCACAUCACACUGCAGGUAAACAUUUCAAUCCCUUUUUCACUCAAACCUAAUGUUUUUGUUUAGGGACAUACCCCUUGUGCUGCUUACUUUUCUUCUCACACUAUUUCUCUCCUUGGUCUAACCAGAGACUGCAGUCAACUCCCACCAAGCUGCCCAGCCAAUCCCCUCUUCAGUUGUCCCAGCAGUGACACCCAAUCAAAACCGACAACUCAACCAGGCCAUGUGAAACUGCAAACCAGAAAGGUAAGGGAAAGGUUAUAAAAGUCAUUUCAUCUACUUGAUAUGUAGGAUGUCCAUUCAACAGCGGUCAAUGGAGCCUCCAUUAUGGUGGUGACUGGCUUGUUGCUAAUGUCCCAUUUAAAUGCGAGAGUCAUUCAGAAUUGCCUCGAUGACUCCAAUAACCAUCUGUGUUAUGAAUUAAUGAUGUAUACCCUGUAAGACACUGACAGCAUCCUUGAUAAGAGAGCUGUUAACUAAUGUAAAGUAAUAGUGGUUAUUAUUCUGGUAAUUACUGUAAUGAAAUUCCUCAUCUUUGUGCUUUCAGCUCAUUUGAAUCUCAGCUAAUUAAGAUUUAUCUCCCAUUUUGCUUAGGGACAGAAGACUGGGCUGCAGGUGUCAACCAAUCACUCCCCAGGGGUCACACUCUCCUUCUCUGCCCCGCCCAAUCUCCAGCCUUUCUUCCCCAAUGAUGACUCCUCCCCUUCUGAAAAAGACACCUCCCCCUCUCCUCCAUCUCAAACGGUAAUUGUGAACUUGUUAAAAGUUGUACUGUAGUUGCAGUUCUCUAAAGGGACAAGUUUAAUAGUAUACAUUUUUAGGACAUGAGAACAAACCGUUAUUUUUAUAUUUCCAUCAGGAGGAUUUGAGUCCAGGUCUGGACCAUGAACCCCUGUUCAGCCCUCCUUCUCCCAAACGGACACCCUCCCCUAACCCACCGGAUGACAAGGUAACCCACGCCGUCUGGCUGCAUCACUGUUUCCAUGUUUGUGUCUCAGAGGUCUCAUUAUGGCCAACCAUGCCAAGACUCUUGCUCCUCUGUAUUCUGUAUCCACCUCUCACCUCAGUGGCUGUGUCAGGACAUACUAUUAUCCCUCUGUCCCGCAGGAUAAUGGAUCCACCCAGCAUAUGGACGACCUCUUCGACAUCCUGAUUCAGACUGGAGGUGAGUGUUGAAUGCCGAUAGAGAAGGAGAGCUCCUCCUGGUUUCCUGAUUCAAUAUUUGUCUCCUACUUAUGGUUUACAUUUCUUCUAUCUCCUCCUCUCCCAGAAAUCUCAGCCACCUUCAAACCAGCGCCCGACCCGUCCCUGUUGCGACUGCGCCCCAACACCCCUUCCCCUUCCCUCUCAGGCGCCCUCCCCUCUCCAGCUGCAACUCCACUUUUCGCCCCCCACCCCUCCCGAACCCGAGACCCCCCAGCCGGUCCCAGGGGAGGAGGAGGAGGAGGAGGAGGAGGAGCUGCAGGUGCCGGCCACCGUUGACCAGGACGUUAGCAACACAGGAAGUGGACGUCUGGAGGACUUCCUGGAGAGCACCACGGGCAAACCCCUCCUGGGGUUGGAGCCUGGCGGGCCCCUGACCCUGAUUGACGACCUCCACAGUCAAAUGCUGAGCACCCCCAGCAUCCUGGACCACACGUCCUCCCCCAUGGACACCUAUGAGCUGUCGGGCUACACGGCCAACCCCCCUGGCCUGGACUUCGGAGACCAUGCCCUGGACAGCAUGGAUUGGCUGGAUAUCACCAUGGGUGGGGCGAGCAGCGAGGUCCCAGGACUCGCCCCACUGGGUCCCCUGGGCCCCCACACGCCCCCCAGCGUCUUCUCAGCAGACUUCCUGGACAGUUCAGACCUGCAGCUCCACUGGGACUCCUGCUUAUAG